AUGGCGCUGCAGAAACACCUGGAGGCUCUUAGCGUCUUCCAGUGGGUCCUCACCUUCUUCUUCUUUGGUAAGUUGGGUGGGUGGGAGAGGGGCAGGGGGUGCUCAGGGAAGAGGGGCAGCUUGGCCUCCUCCUCUUCCUGGGGCCAUGGCCCUUGGGAGCUCCUCUGGCAGGCCAGGCCCCUGUAAUAAACUUAAAUCUGCCCUUAUUUCCUUAUGGGGGACACAAGAGCCCUUAGAGAGUCCUUUGCAGGUUCUCCAUCAGUCGGAGAAAAGAACAGAGGCCAACCAGAGAAUAUUGAGAAGCAAAGCAGCUAGUAAGCCUGAUCUUUAUUGAACUGUUGCAACAGGGUGCCCCCUUCACACGCAGGAGGAGGAGGACCCCGAACCAAGGUGUGCCCGCCUUUAUAUAGACAUUUUAAAUUGGCCGCCCUGGAGUCCAAGACCACCCCCAGAUACAUCAUGCCUACAUCGCAGAAAGGGCGGUCUACAGCAGAAAUCUGAGUGCGUUGUUUACCUCCUGUCUGGCAGGUUACCUGUUAAUGCUCACUUGAUUGGAUACCCUGGGGAGCCUGGCCAGUCUUUCGUGGUGACAAAUGCUUAGUUCCUGAGCCAGGUCACAGGCUCACACCCUAUUCAAACACAGACAUACCCUUAAGACAGGAUUUGUGAAGGAAAAGACAGUGGGGAGGUUUUUCCAUUUUUCUUUAACCUUGCAGAGAAAUCGUUUGGUCAGUUUGGGGGUCAAAAUGGUUUCCGGGCUGUUUUCCUGUGCUGCUUCAGACAUGUGAUUCAUAUAUUUAUGUACGUGUUUGAUUGGUACAUUUAUGAACAUUUAUUAUAUAUAUAAGACCUUAAUUUUUUUAAUUUCACAUCCUUCCCCCAAAAGCCAAACCCCCUCUUUUUUUCAAAGCACCUUUCCGCCAGGUGAGUCUGGACUAGGGAGUCAGCACUGCAGGGGGUUGGGCUAGAUGGCCCUGGGGUGCCCCUUCCAACCUAAAAUGUCCUUCUAGGUUUAGGGGUGCUUCAGAUCAAACCCUCGGGGGUCCCGUGAAAUCGGGGUUGUGGUCCCAGGCAGGGCCUCUGAAUCCCAGUGAGGGGGGAGCGCUGCUCUUGCGCUCAGAGUUGGGUGAUAAAUCGAUAUAUCAUCCAAAACCGGUUUGAAGUCCACAUUGUGAUAUUAGUUUUUUAAAAAAAUAAAUUUAUUUAUUUGGUUUUUCAAAUCAGAAUUUUGCAAUGACAUAUGCAGCAUACAACAUAAAAACAAGAUUCCACAGAAUCUCCAGGACUUCUUCCCUCUCCCCCCCCCCAGGUCCCUUCUUCUCCGUUCUCCUGGCCUACCUGCUCUUCACCUCCUUCUGGCCUAUCAGUGUCUUGUAUUUCGCCUGGUGGAUCUUUGACUGGGAUACGCCAGAGAGAGGUGAGUUCGAUUCUCCCCAACCAGGGCCGGAUUGGAGUUUGAUGAGGCCCUAAGCUACUGAAGGUGAUGGGGCCCUUUAUAUGUCCAGCUGUCUUUUGUUCACAACAAAUUGUCACUGUUUUUUGUGUUGAAUAUAUGCUAUAUGGUAAUUGAUGGACCUCAUAGGUAUCUAAAGCCAUGCAACCAGUCCAUGCAGAUCGUAAGGUAAAGGGACCCCUGACCAUUAGGUCCAGUCGUGGCCGACUCUGGGGUUGCGGCGCUCAUCUCGCUUUACUGGCCGAGGGAGCCGGCGUGCAGUUUCCAGGUCAUGUGGGCAGCAUGACUAAGCCGCGAACCAGAGCAGCACACGGAAACGCCCUUUACCUUCCCGCCGGAGUGGUACCUAUUUAUCUACUUGCACUUUGACGUGCUUUUGAACUGCUAGGUGGGCUGUAGCUGAGACCAAGCAACGGGAGCUCACCCCUUCACGGGGAUUCGAACUGCCGACCUUCUGAUCGGCAAGCCCUAGGCUCUGUGGUUUAACCCCCAGCGCCACCCGCGUCCCAGAUGCAGAUCACAGGUACCCUAUAUAUAGAAAUGAGCAAACCAGGGAUAAUUAAGGGAACAGGCUAGCAGGCGGGGCCCGUGACUUACAUCACAGGAGCCUACACAACACAAAACACUGUUCCUGUAGGUAGGUUUUAUUUUAUUUGUUUUUUAUCUUAUAUUUCGGAAAUGUACAUCCAGGUUUUUUCCCUUUAAAUCUUUUUGGGGCCCCCAAGGGACUGGGGCCCUAAGCUAGAGCUUGUUUAGCUUAUAGGUAAAUCCGGCACUGCCCCCAACCCUACCCGGAGGUCAGGUGAAAGGCGCCUCUCCUUGUCUGAGAAGGGUGCUGAGCCCCACACCCAGACCCACACAGCUGGAGCUGCUGCUUCACCCUGCCCCUCCUCCUCCAACUCACCCCCUUCCACUGGGGCAGCUUGCAACCAUCCCAAACCUGUUUUCCUCACUGCUAUUUACUGUUAUCUACCGUAUUUUUCACCCCAUAGGACGCACCGGCCCAUAGGAUGCACCUAGGUUUUUUGGGGGGGGGGGGAAAUAAAGGGAAAAAAAAUUAUUUCCCCCCAGGCGCUUGUGGGGCCGGCAGCGGGAAGAAGCACGCGUCUCCCCGCGGCCAGCCUCCAAACCACGUCGGGAGGCAGCGGGAUGGCGCGCCUCCCCGCUGUCCCCUGAGCUUGUGGGGCUGGCGGUGGGGCUCUCCAGGCUUCAGCGAAAGCCUGCAUUCGCCCCAUAGGACGCACACACAUUUCCCCUUCAUUUUUGGAGGGGAAAAAGUGCAUCCUAUAGGGCGAAAAAUACGGUGUUUUCCAAGACAGCUUCCAAUAGAUGACACAAUGGCAGAAGGCAUUUCAUUUCUCUCUCUCUCUCUCUCUCUCUCUCUCUCUCUCUCUCUCUCUGUAUGGAGGGCAGAAAAACCAGCUGCAAUUAUUUAUGUAUUUAUCAUUAUUUAUUAAAUUUUGCUAUAAAAACACACAUGAAAUCCUGUAAUUGACACAAAUCAAAAGAACCCUCCCCAAAAUAUAACGUAAAAUCAGAGUUGGAAGGGACCCCAAGGAUCAUUUGCUCCUCAUUAUUGAUUGAUUGAUUGAUUGAUUGAUUGAUUAUAAUUUUAUUUAUACCCUGCCCAUCUGGUUGGGCUGCCCCAGCCACUCUGGGCGGCUUCCAACACACACACACACACACACACACACACACACAAUAAAAAUAAAACAUCAAGUAUUAAUAGUAACAAUCAGAUCCUAUAAAAAAGUCAGAAUAACAUACCAAGUAAAGCAAUAUGAGACCAAAUUGCAAACAUGUGCUGGAUUAUGGAGAAAGCUAGAGAGUUCCAGGAAAACAUCUACUUCUGCUUCAUUGACUAUGCAAAAGCCUUUGACUGUGUCGACCACAGCAAACUAUGGCAAGUUCUUAAAGAAAUGGGAGUGCCUGAUCACCUCAUCUGUCUCCUGAGAAAUCUCUACGUGGGACAAGAAGCUACAGUUAGAACUGGAUAUGGAACAACUGAUUGGUUCAAAAUUGGGAAAGGAGUACGGCAAGGCUGUAUAUUGUCUCCCUGCUUAUUUAACUUAUAUGCAGAAUUCAUCAUGCGAAAGGCUGGGCUGGAUGAAUCCCAAGCCGGAAUUAAGAUCUCCGGAAGAAAUAUCAACAACCUCAGAUAUGCAGAUGAUACAACCUUGAUGGCAGAAAGUGAGGAGGAAUUAAAGAACCUUUUAAUGAGGGUGAAAGAGGAGAGUGCAAAAUAUGGUCUGAAGCUCAACAUCAAAAAAACGAAGAUCAUGGCCACUGGUCCCAUCACCUCCUGGCAAAUAGAAGGGGAAGAAAUGGAAGCAGUGAGAGAUUUGACUUUUUUGGGCUCCAUGAUCACUGCAGAUGGUGACAGCAGCCACGAAAUUAAAAGACGCCUGCUCCUUGGGAGAAAGGCGAUGACAAACCUAGACAGCAUCUUGAAAAGCAGAGAAAUCAUCUUGCCAACAAAGGGCCGUAUAGUUAAAGCUGUGGUUUUCCCAGUAGUGAUGUAUGGAAGUGAGAGCUGGACCAUCAAGAAGGCUGAUCGCCGAAGAAUGGAUGCUUUUGAAUUCUGGUGCUGGAGGAGACUCUUGAGAGUCCCAUGGACUGCAAGAAGAUCCAACCUCUCCAUUCUGAAGGAAAUCAGCCCUGAGUGCUCACUGGAAGGACAGAUCCUGAAGCUGAGGCUCCAAGACUUUGGCCACCUCAUGAGAAGAGAAGACUCCCUGGAAAAGACCCUGAUGUUGGGAAAGAUGGAGGGCCCAAGGAGAAGGGGACGACAGAGGACGAGAUGGUGGGACAGUGUUCUCGAAGCCACUAACUUGAGUUUGACCAAACUGCGGGAGGCAGUGGAAGACAGGAGUGCCUGGCAUGCUCUGGUCCAUGGGGUCACGAAGAGGCGGACACAACUAAACGACUAAACAACAACAAAGCAAUAUGCAAUAAUACAUUAAAAUCCAAUAAUAAACACUAAAAUUAAGCUUCAGUAAGUCAUAACUAAAUAAAUGAAUUUUUAAGCAGAGGUUGGGUGGUCAUCUGCCAGGGAUUCCUCAGCUGCGAUUCCUGCAUUGCAGGGGGUUGGGCUGGAUGACCCCUGGGGGUCCCCUUCCAACCCCACAGUUCUCUGACUCCGUCCCCUGCCUGAACCCUUGCCUUCGCAGGUGGGCGCCGCAGCGACUGGGUGAGGCGCUGGAGAGUCUGGGAGCUCUACCGGGAUUAUUUCCCCAUCAAGGUAUGAGAAGGGGGCUGGCAGGGUCUCUGGAACCCCUGGAGACCAGAUCACAGAGAAGCAGGAGGAGGCGGCCGUCAAAGGCUGCUGGCCUCUGAAUGUGACAUUCAGCUGGGGGUCCAAAUGCCAAAGGCCUCGCCCCUCUUGCCUUGCAGCUGGUGAAGACGGCCGAGCUGCCCCCGACACGGAACUACGUCCUGGGCUCCCACCCCCACGGGAUCCUCUGCACGGGGGCCUUUUCCGCCUUCUGUACCGAGGCCACGGGCUUUUCCCGCACCUUCCCUGGCCUCCGCCCCAGCCUGGCCGCCCUCGCAGGGAUGUUUUGCAUACCCGUCUUCCGGGAGUACAUGAUGAGCUCAGGUGAGGCCAACGGGGCGAGGAAUGGUGGGGGUGGGGAAGUGGGGUGACCCCUCCCCUAAGGACCAUCUUCAAGAACCCUGCCUGGCCCAUCCAAUGGGAGGAACCACCCCAGUCUCAGGAAUGCCCUCCCAGUGCCCCUGGGAAUAGAAUUCCCCAGCAAGAAUGUCUGUUUUUCCUGCAAUUUCCUGUGCAAAUGAAAAGGGGCCUUUGUUUGUGCAAAUGAUGAUGGUGAUGAUGAUAAUUAUUAUUAUUAUUAUUAUUACAGUGGUGCCCCGCAAGACGAAUGCCUCACAAGACGGAAAACCCGCUAGACGAAAGGGUUUUCCGUUUUUGAGUUGCUUCGCAGGACGAAUUUCCCUAUGGGCUUGCUUCGCAAGACGAAAAUGUCUUGCGAGUCUUGAGAUUUUUUUUUCGCUUUCCCCCCCCUUUAUCUAAGCUGCUAAGCCUUUAAUAGCCUUUUAGCAGCUAAUCCGCUAAGCCGAUAAGCCUUUAAUAGCCGCUAAACCGCUAAUAGCGCUAAUCCGUUAAGCCGCUAAUAGGGUUGCUUCGCAAGACGAAAAAACGCUAAACGAAGACACUCGCGGAACGGAUUAAUUUCGUCUUGCGAGGCACCACUGUAUUAUUAUUAUUAUUAUUAUUAUUAUUAUUAUUAUUUAUACCCGCCCAUCUGGCUGAGUUUUCCCAGCCACUCUGGGUGGCUUCCAACAGAAUAUUAAAAACACGAUAAAACACCAAACAUUAAAAACUUCCCUAAACCUUCAGAUGUCUCCUAAAAGUCAGAUACCGUACAUUCUGGCAUAUAAGACGACUUUUUAACACCGGAAAAUUCCCCAAAAAGUCAGAGGUCGUCUUAUACGCUGGGUAUGGGUUCGCUGGGCAGCGGCAGCAGGCAAUGCUAAGCCGGUUUUGCUGGGCGGCUUCCUCCCGGUGUGGAGUGGCCAAUUUAGGGGGUCAUCUUAUAUGCCCAGUUGCCUAAUACGCCGUAAUCUACGGUAAUUGUUUUUCUCUUUGACAUCUGAUGGGAGGUUGUUCCACAGGGUGGGCGCCACUACUGAGAAGGCCCUCUGCCCUGUAGCUUCACUUCCCGCAGGGUGGGAACCGCCAGAAGGCCCUUGGCUCUGGACCUCAGUAUCCAGGCUGAGCAAUGGGGGUGGAGACGCUCCUUCAGGUCUACUGGGCCGAGGCCGUUUAGGGCUUUCAAGGUCAGCACCAACACUUUGAAUUGUGCUCAGAAACGUUCUGGGAGCCAAUGUAGGUCUUUCAGGACCGGUGUUAUGUGGUCUCCCAGUCACCAGUCUGGCUGCUGCAUUCUGGAUUAGUUGUAGUUUCUAGGUCACCUUCAAAGGUAGCCCCACAUAGAGCGCAUUGCAGUAGUCCAAGCGGGAGAUAACCAGAGCAUGCACCACUCUGGCAAGACAGUCUGCAGGCAGGGAGGGUCUCAUCCUGCGUCCCAGAUGGAGCUGGUAGAAAGCCGCCCUGGACACAGAACUGACCUGUGCCUCCAUGGACAGCUGUGAGUCCAAAAUGACUCCCAGGCUGCGCACCUGGUCCUUUGGGGCCACAGUUGUCCUAUUCAGGACCAAGGAGUCCCCCACACCUGCCUGCCGCCUUUGCCCCCCAAAACAGUACUUCUGUCUUGUCAGGAUUCAACCUCAAUCGGUUAGCCUCCGUCUCUCCUCCAACGGAGGAUGCGCUGAUCCUUUGCCAGUGAUCCUUUUGCCCUUUAACCGACUCACAGAAUUUCAGAGUUGUAGGAGAGUCGCGAGGGUCCUCUAGUCCAACCCUCUGCAAAGCUGGGAACCCCUGGAGAUGUUUCACACCCACAAGCACCUUUGCUUCCUCCCACUUCCAGGGUUGGUCCCGGUCAACAAAAGGUCCCUUGACUUCCUCCUGAGUGGCCCCCCCGGACACGCGGUGGUCAUUGUGGUGGGGGGCACGUCCGAGACGCUGGACACCGCCCCUGGAGAGCAGCGCGUCCGCCUUCAGGGGAGGAAGGGCUUCGUGCGCCUGGCGUUGCAACACGGGUAG